UUUGGUUUGCGUCAACCUACUGAAAAACUUCACUGAAUUGUUUGUCGAUCCGCUAGACCGUACGUUAUGCUGAGAUCAAUUCCCACAAUUUCGCGGUUUGUGAUCUCCCGUACGCUACAGCCCGUACGUCAGGUGAUUCCUUCCGACAUGGCGACGUCAUGCCACGGCGACUUUGAACAUCUAAAUGUCGAAGAUUUCGCCGAUUUAUUUCAGAGCAUCGAGGAUCUCAAGCAACUCUCGACAAACAACGCCGAUUAUUACGACGGGUGUCCGAAAGAGAAAGCAGAUCGAGGAUUAGAGACAUUUCAACACAUCACAGCGUCGUUAGCCGGCGUCGAACUGCUCUGUCAACAGAUUACUCCUCAUGUGAAAGACUAUGACUUUAGUCCGGAGACGAAAGGAAACGGUUUUCGAAGCCUAUUGACCGUCACUAGUCGCUGCCUUACAAAACUCGUUCGUCUGUCUCAACGUUGUAGCAAGAAGAGAGACAGGGCGACAUUUUCGUCUUCCAGCGCGUUUGAAGAGAUUAGUUCGUACACAGAAGUGUUGAAAUGUCUGUCACGACUGCUGCUGAUGGCGGCACACCUACUUGAAGGUUGCAGACCGGAAACGAGUGUGUUCCCGGACGAAGAUGCGUUGGAUAAGGACGUCGGAUGGAACGUGGAGAGUCUGCCACGUUUGCCGUUCUAUGGGAGCUGCCUUGGUUUCCAGUACUGUGCAUCUAUGAGGCCACUGCUACAGACUAUUUCUAUUGCAAUGGCUGCUUAUGGAGACGGAUUUAAGAAACAUGGUGCUGAUCAUGGAUUUGUCAGACUGGCAGCAUCAUUAGUCACAAACUCGUGGAAGUAUAUUGGGAAUGCCAAGCGAAGAGCUGAGACAGUGGUGGAUCUUACGACUCACUGUGAUCUUCAGUUUGCGAAGGCUUUUUGGUCUCUCACGGAUGCAGCUGUUAUUAAUCAAUUUCCAAGGAUUAUGGGUCCAUCUCUUGUUGUCAACAAAGUAGUGUCAUUGCCUGUGCAGAGUGUUUCAUUGCUUCAUCGGGACAAUUCAAGUGAAGAAGUUGUGAUCAGUCCACCGGUGGACGGUGAAGGUAAAUCGCAACCUGUAUGUGUGAGAGUGAUUGUGCAUAAGGUGCACAGAGCAAAGGAGAAAGACCAGUUGGGUAGAAAGAGGUUGUUAUCAACUAAUAGUGAUGGAUUGCUUGUACAUUUUCAUGGUGGAGGAUUUGUUGCACAAUCAUCAAAGUCACAUGAGUGUUAUUUACGUGAUUGGGCUCAUAAACUUGGUGUCACUAUUGUUUCUGUCGAUUACUCUCUUGCACCUGAGCAUCCAUUUCCACGAGGUCUUGAUGACUGUUUCUUUGCAUAUGCUUGGUCAUUGGCUAACUACCAAAGUCUCUACACCAAUGCAAAGUUUGUCUGCGUGGCUGGGGAUUCGGCUGGAGCUAAUCUUGCUGUUGCCAUGACAUUGAAAGCAAUUGAUCAUGGCAUUCGUAUUCCAGAUGGCAUAGUCUCUGCUUAUGGCCCCUUCUUGAUCCGAUAUUCUGUCUCACCAUCUCGUCUACUGAGUGUAAUGGAUCCGAUCCUUCAUCAUGGUAUUUUGAUCAAGUGCUUGGGAGCAUAUGCAGGUCAGGAAGAGUCAGCCCAAAUCGGUGAUGUUGAGGAGUUAUUACAAAUGUCGACUUCAGUUGAUCCACCAAGGCUUGAUACACAUUUGGAGAUUGCUGAUGAAGAGCAUGAAGUUUCUGAUGAUGAUGAUCUCAUUAAGCCUUCAUUGGAGGAUUCAGUUCUUGAUUCAGUAGACAAGACUGCAAGACCUGAAAUAACUGAGACUGAGUUUGAGGUUGUUAGUGAUGAUGAUCAGUUGGCAGAAAGAGCAACUUGUGCCGAUUUCCAAGAAAGCUUUAGGUACCAUGCAGCAGUGCAAAUCAGUUAUGCUCAACAGACUGUCAGCAAUGGCUGGUCAAGGCUUAAGGGCAUGGUGAUAGGAUCAGAGGCUGAAGAUGUGGCCAGUCCAACUAGCAAGCAGUGGGACAGGAGACACUCUACUCCAGUUAUUGGUGUCAAACAACAAAAAGCAAGAACUGAACAACCAGUAAGGCGAUCAAGGUCAGAGGAUCCAUUGCAGACAAGGUUGAAUGGCCUUCUUCCUUUCUGCCAUCCGCCUAUUACCAACAAUCCCUACAUGUCACCGUAUCUUGCUUCUGAUGAGCUACUGUCUCAACUUCCUGACAUUCAUCUUAUUGCGGCACAUUUGGAUCCACUUCUGGAUGAUUCAGUUGCUUUUGCACAUCGUCUUCGUUCGCUGAAGAAGUGGGUCGGUUUUCACCUUGUUGACAAUGUUCCUCAUGGCUUCCUCAACUUCACUCUUGGCAGCAAAGAAGCUCGACAAGGCUCAGAUCUGUGUGUCCAGUGUAUAGCUAAAGUUCUGCAUAUGGAGCCGAAGGGCUCAAAGACAAAUCGAAUUUCUUCCACGACAGUUGAUUCUAGUGCUAGAUGCAAGUCGCCUGCUAGUCAUGCUGAAUCACAUUCAGUGGGUGAUGAACAAUUGUUGGACGAUAAUUUGGAGCAAACAGUAGUUGAACUUGAAUUGUCAUCCCUUGCUGAUGAUACUUGUAGUGAUGUGGCUCAAGUGUCUGCUGAAAAGGAUGUCUGUAAUGAUAUCAAGCCAUCAGACAAUCAACCCACAAAAACAACCGUGUAAACACAAACAAGAGUAUUGAUUCAAUUGAACUGCAGUCUUUCAGAGUUGCAAUGUAUCACAAUGGAGUUAGUACGUAAUAGAUACCAAGAAUUAGUUAUCUUUGAAUGCAACGUAACUGAUAUUGCGCACUCGUGACUUUGCAUUUCUUUUAUCUCAAAUACUGCGACUGGCAGGACUUCAAGAAGUCGAUUUGUAGUUUUAUGGUUCAGCAGAUCUUUAAGGUAAUAUUUGUGUUGAAGCUACAAUCAUUAACUCGCUUGUGUCUUCAAUGUGAAUCUGUUGGUAUGUUCAAGUGUGGAUGGCAUUUGUGUGUUUCAAUGACAGUGAGUCUAUUAUUGACCAGAAACUUGUAGCCUAGCUAAACAGUUCACAAGUUUGGUAAAUUUGUUCCUUGGAGACAGAUUGUGACAGUGUCUAUAUUGUGGGCAUGUGUGUCUAUGCGUG